CUAAAUAAGCUCUAUAGUUGAAUAUAGAACCGCUGUUACAAAGCCUAUAGGAACUAUAUUCUGCUCAAGUGCUGCAUAAAAGCCAUUUUUGGCGAAUUAUUCGGCCGAUAUACGGCUUGCCCCUACUUUAGAACAUUUUCGAACUACCCCCAUGGACGAAAUGUCAAAACAUUUUUACCGCAAGCAAAAAAGGGAAAACAAAUUAUUUGUAUUAUGUUCCUCUUCCUUCUUCAACAUCAAAGGAGCAAAAAAUUGUUUUGUUAUUAUUUCUUUCUCCUUAACGUCAACUGUAUCGCAGCUGUAGAUAAUCACAGGUGCAUAUUUUCUUUCGCGAUUUGCCUUGCUUUCGACGAUUGUUCUUUGUUUUGCCAAGUCGAUCGAUCCCCGGGUUCGAACAGUGAAUAACUGCUCGUAGAAAGUUGCUGAGUAGUGCGUUUUCCGACUGAUCCAUCCUCUCACCUGGUCAAAUUAUCAUCUGAAAGGCGUUCUUAAAGCAAAAGCGUAGACGCACCAGUAAGUAAUCUUCAAUUCGAUUAGUUUUUUUUUUCUCAUAAUUUUUAUUAUUUCAUCGUAGUGUCCGCUAAAAAAACAACACAGAAAAAGCCUACAGCAGCAGCAUUGAUGCGGGCCAUUCAACUAAAACACGUUAAGGAUGAUUCUCCGGCGGUUCCACUGGGAAAGCAGGAUGCAUCGACGCAAACAGAACCAAACGAGUCUGCGGAGGCGAACGACAAUCUCAACGUCAAAAUGAACAAAUGUCUGUUGAUGUUGUCGCACCUAAAUACUAAGGUGGAUGCGCUGGGUGCAAACCAAUACCAGCAGCAAGGAAGUUCCAGUGAUCGGUUCAGCGUAAAACUUUCUAAGGUGAAUUUUCAACCAGUGAAAAGCUUAGUCGAUUUUGAAGCUUUGGAGGAUCGCUGCCGAGAUGAAGCUUUCGUGAAAGCGACAGUUGCUUCGAUUGGACAUAUUCACGGUCAUCACCGAUAUACUGGCCAAGGUGCAACAGUGAGUCUCCGAAUAAUCGACCACUUUUUUUCUCGGGAUUUCCUCAUGAAGUGUUCAUGGACAGGCGCCAGCCGUUCUUCAGGUAAUGAACCAAGCAAGAGGCAGAAAAUCGCUUUCAUGAAGUAUGAAAGAUCAAUUGACUUGUUCUAUCAGACGGUGCUUUAUUCGGACCCAACAUAUACUAUCGACGAAUGCAAAUCUUUUCUGCAUCGCUGCUUGAAAAAUGCUAGUCAACGGUUCGCGGAAGUGAGCGGAACAAGGAAACCAGUAUCUCGGAAGCGGAAGCGAUUGGCAACUGGAGAGGAUCGGGAGGAAUCAACGGAAGAUGAUCCGGACGGAGAUGAGAGUGGAGAUAUUGUUAUUGAGAAUCAUAAAAUCGAAGAGAGAGAACAAGAUUACGACGACGGAUCACCAGCAGAAACUUCCGGAAACACGUCGUGGCAGGUGGAGUUUCUGGAAAAUAAUGCGGACGAAGAAGAUGUUCCACUCCAACUGGUGAAAAGCGAAAAUUAGUGCGUUGAACAAUACAUUUGAUUGUUUUUUUUGCUGUCUAUU